GACAAUAACAAUAAUAAUAAUAAUAAUAAUAAUAAUAAUAAUAAUAAUAAUCUAUACACUUAUUUUCUCUUAUACACUUAUCCAUAACACAAAUGGCUUCUCUAUUGUCUUCCACAUCAAAACCUUCCGGCUUUAAGCUUCAAUUUUGCUUGCUUUUGGCACUUAUAGGAGCUGUUACGGCUCAGUUAUCAUCGAACUUCUAUUCAAGCUCGUGCCCAAAUGCGCUCUCCACAAUUCAAUCUGCAGUUAAAACUGCUGUAGGGAGUGAGGCUCGCAUGGGAGCAUCUUUGCUUAGGCUUCAUUUCCAUGACUGCUUUGUUAAUGGAUGUGAUGGUUCAAUUUUGCUCAACGACACUUCAAACUUCACCGGAGAAAAAACAGCAAGACCAAAUGCUGGUUCGGUGAGGGGUUAUGAAGUAAUAGACACAAUUAAGUCUCAAGUUGAGAAUUUAUGUCCCGGGAUUGUAUCUUGUGCUGAUAUUGUAGCGGUCGCUGCUAGAGACUCAGUGGUUGCGCUUGGUGGACCAAGUUGGACAGUACUGUUAGGGAGAAGAGAUUCAACUACAGCAAGUCUUAGCUCGGCUAAUUCCGAUAUUCCUGCCCCAACUUUGAAUAUAAACGAGCUCAUCAAAUCUUUUUCAGACAAAGGCUUUACUACCCAAGAAAUGGUGGCCUUAUCUGGUGCUCACACUAUAGGGCAAGCAAGAUGCACCACUUUCAAAACACGUAUCUAUAACGAAACUAAUAUAGACUCCACAUUUGCGACGUCUUUGCAUGCAAAUUGUCCUCAGAGUGGAGGAGACAACAACCUUUCGCCACUUGACAAAACAAGUGCAACAACGUUUGACAAUGCCUACUACACCAACUUGUUGAGCCAAGAAGGUCUUCUUCACUCCGACCAACAAUUGUAUAAUGGAAAUGGUACCGGAACCACGGACUCUCAAGUCUCGUCCUAUAGCUCGAGUUCUUCAACAUUCCUCACUGAUUUCUCGGAUGCAAUGGUGAAGAUGGGUAACUUGAGUGUACUUACUGGCACGAAUGGAGAAAUUAGAACUAUUUGCAGCAAAACCAAUUGAUUUUACUACGUAUAUGGUUGACACUAUGAAUAUUUUUGUAUACUUACUACAACUAUUGCAUUUGAGUUGUAAGGAAAGAUGAUAUCUUUUUUUUUUUUUUUUUUUUUUUUUUUUAAAAAGUUAUGUAUUGUGAUAUUGAUUUCUUUACCUUAUUUUUUUUGGCCUCAAUGAAUUGUGAAUUAUUGCUAUGUAUUCCUAUACUCGCAUUAUUGGUAAUUAUUAAUGAAACAUAUUAGUGUGAUCUUGAACGAUAUUUUUUUGAAGUUUUUUGUUUUUAUUUAUGUUUUGGAUCUAUUUGUUCCUCCUUUUUUUUUUUUGAUGCAAUUAUGUGUUCCAAAGUUACGGCCACCUAAGUGUAAUUGUAUCAUUUAGCUAUUUACAUUUUUAGUUAAAAGAACACGCUACAUACAAAAUCGUCUUAAAUAGUUUGAAGGCCUUGUAC